GCAUAGAGUGGGAGGAAAUUGAGAUAUAAGACGAUAAGACAUAUGAUAAGUAUUCCUGCAAUUGUGAGGGCAAAGACACGAAGAAGAAAGCACUGCCCGGAAGUAGGCAAAGCGGGAUUUUUGAAAAACAUAACCUAACUCGUCUGCCGAGUGGACUCUAAAAGAGACCUCAAAAUGAUAAAGAAGGCGCCUAAGCUGAAAUAUAUUAUAAAAAGGAAAGCAAAGAGCCAAAUUAACGUGAGGCCAACGUCGGAAGCGAUGAUCGAACUGCUAACGUUGAUGUUUAUAAAAAGCCUGGCAGAGGAGGCAAAGAGUAACGCAUUUGAAGAAAAGUCUGCAACGAUCAGAGCUCGCAACUUGAAAGCAGUUGCUAAGAAAAUGCUGAAAAAAGCAAGAGGCUGAAGACUGUUUUUUUUUUGGUGCAGUUUCAACAAGGGUGGCAAUGGAUGAUGACAACAAUGUUUUUGCUUUUUAUUAACAUCUUAUUUGCACAUUUUUAACACAUUUUUUAGUGCUGUUAUAUCUUUAACAAAUGUUCACUGUUUUAUUGAUGUCAUUGUUUGUUUGAUUUGAAUAAAGACUGUUGUAUUGUAAAAAAAAA